AAAUUAAAAAUAUUGAAAUUCAUUCGGUCAUUUUUUCUGUGUUGUUUUCCAAUAAUUAUUAUUUUUCAAAAUAUAAACAACAGUGAUUCUCCAACUAAUAUUCUCACACCUCAACGUUGGCUUGCGCGGUGAUUUCUUGCAAUCUAAUUUGCAGUUCUCCGCUCUCGCUACGUCCAGUGUUUCAAUGUUUAGUUGAGACGCUCGGCAGAGACAUGGCUUCUGGGUCUAAGAAUGACAUUGUGCAUCGUAUCCUGAACGUGAGGCUGGAGGAGGGGGGCGGGGACGAGCAGCCGCCGCAGAACAUGCUGCCGUCGAAUCAGCAGGCGCGGCAGGGGCACGCGGAGGACGAGGGCGGGCAGGCCAACGAGCCCAUCGCCUCGUCCUCUGCCAUAGAAAACCUCCAGCCUACGAACAGCUCUGGCGGCCGCCUGCACAACUGGCAGGCCACCAAGACUACGGUGAAGGAGCGCCUGUCCUUCCUCUUCAAUAAUGAGAUACUCUGUGAUGUCCAUUUCAUAGUGGGCAAGGAGGCCAACCAACAGGUGAUCCCGGCGCACAAGUUCGUGCUCUCCGUCGGUAGUGCCGUGUUCGAUGCUAUGUUCAAUGGAGUCCUCGCCACGAAGGCAGAUGAAGUAGAACUGCCAGAUGUAGAGCCAGCCGCAUUCCUACACCUACUAAAGUUCCUAUACUCGGACGAAGUACGAAUUGGGCCCGAAUCUGUGAUGACCACUCUGUAUACCGCUAAGAAGUAUGCUGUAGCUGCCUUAGAGGAGCACUGCGUGGACUUUCUGAAAAGCAACUUGGGGACAGACAAUGCGUUUCUGUUGCUGACACAGGCACGGCUGUUUGACGAGCCACAGCUGGCUGCGUUGUGUCUGGAGAUGAUUGACAAGAACACUGCUGAUGCUUUAAAUGCGGAGGGGUUUACUGAUAUUGAUCAGGAUACACUGAAUGCUGUGCUUGAAAGGGACACCUUAAGGAUUAGAGAAGCCAAAAUAUUUUCAGCAGUCUUACGCUGGUCAGAGGCUGAGUGCAUCCGACGACAGAUCCCAGUGACCCCAACAAACCAACGCUCUGUGCUCGGCCGAGCGUUCAACGCAAUCAGAUUCCCUUUGAUGUCAGUUGAGGAGUUUGCCAUGGGCCCAGCUCAGAGUGGCCUGCUGGACGAUAGAGAAAUAGUGCAAUUAUUCCUAUACUUCACAGUGAACCCAAAGCCUAAUGUAGGAUUCCUGGAUACGCCUCGGUGCUGCAUGACGGGCAAGGAGUUAACAGUAAACAGAUUCCCACAGACUGAGUCUCGGUGGGGCUACAGUGGAACCACAGACCGGAUCAGGUUCACGGUGGAUCAGAGAAUCUUUGUUGUUGGUUUCGGACUGUAUGGAUCUUAUUUUGGGCCAACUGAAUAUGAAGUGCACUUGCAGAUAAUCCACCUGGGCACCAAGAAGGUGUGCGGCUCGAACACGACCACGUUCUGCUGCGACGGCACCGACGACACCUUCCGCGCCAUGUUCAAGGAGCCCGUCGAGAUCCUGCCCAACACCUCCUACAUCGCUAGUGCUAAACUCAAGGGCACAGACUCAUACUACGGCACCAAAGGCCUGCGCCGCGUGACCGUCGACUGCAACAACGGCGAAAAAGUGGUUUUCCAGUUCUCAUACGCAGCCGGAAACAACAACGGAACCUCUGUGGAGGACGGACAGAUACCCGCCAUCAUAUUCUACAUUUAAAUGUGACGUUUAAAUUUUUCAAGAUGGCCGCCGCUGUCAAAAGUUUUGUUUUGGCGGCAGUUGUAGUUUGCCGCUUUGUGGUAGGUAAAGGUAAGGCAGUCCAUCUAUCAGUAUUAUACGUAUCGGGCCUAAAGGAUAGUCAUAAAUGUAUGGAGGAACGGCGUCGGCAAUGCCGAUGAAGUGGACGCACUUGUGUGAAUGUCUACAAAGAAUACUGAAUGCGAUGCGUCCGUUGCUUACGAUGCCGAAAGUUGGACGUUUACCUUAAAUGUGAAAUGGUAGUGAAUUCUGCUUGCAGUAGAGCUUUUCACUAUGCCUACUAUUUCUCGUGACACAUUUACGGAUUUCUUGGGAAAAGGUGCCAUUUAUGUUGUGUAGGUACCACUAGGUACCUAAAUAAUAUAUGGCUCUAAAUUUACCUAUACCGGAUAUGAAAAACCUUCAAAAACAUACUUUAAUCUACAUUUUGGCUAUCCGAAUUAGUUUACUUGAAAUAAAUAACACAAAUUCACGAACAAAACAUUUUAAUUUGCACAAAUGUUGGUACUGACAUAAUGAUAGGCAGACCAGAGACAAGUCAAUAAUUUAUAAUUUAAUGUUUUACAAAGUCACACAAACCUAAGAAGAUUUGACAAAAAGUAUUAUGCGAUUUAUGCACGCAUAUUAUAAAUUAACAAUGUUAUAAUGGCGGCCGUUACAUCCGUCUCCGAAUAGCGAGAGAUGAGUCAGCCAUUUUUAUAUUGUUUCUUUAUUUGACCAUGUUAUAAUUAUAAUUCACAUGUGACCGCAGAGAAAAAUACAGUUAUAUUCUCUCUCGUGAAUUUACAGUGAUUAUGGUUACACCGAUAGUUAUAGAUCGAUUGAUUGAAUGAAAGGCCUAAAAUGUUGUCAAUAUCAGCCAAUCGAAUUUAGUUUUCAUGCUUUAUAUUACAUAUCAUAUGGCCCAGACAACCAUACAUUAACGAUUAAUAAGAUAAUGAUGUUGAUCAAUGAUAUGAUGAUGAUGAUCGCUACCAAUGUUAAGGUUGCAAAAGUGUAAGUGUAUAAUACUAUGUGAAAGAAGUAAAAUUAAAAGUCACCUACCCUAAAUUCACAACCCAAAAAAUAUGCAAGAAUCUCAAACUUAUGACAAAAUAAUAAUAAUAAUUUAAAAUCAUUCUUAUAAAUAGCAGCAUUUCGUGUUUUUCUUGUGACGGGUCAUUGGAAAUCUUUUUUGGUUACCUAGGUAAAGUCUGUUUUUUAAUCUCAGAUACUAAACAGACUUUAGGUAGGCUAGGGUCACUUAAGUAGACCACUUUAAUGCACUGAUGUUUCAAUUUUAUUCUGUAAGUAAAUACCUACCUAAGCUGUUUCUAAGUUCUCAGCUUGUUUAUUUCUGCGAACAACUUUAUUUUGGAACCGAAACAUGCCUUAUACUAUACAGUACAACUACAUAAGGCGUUAUUAAUAUCACAGUUAUAAUAAUACUUACAUGAUUUUUAUGAUUAUGUGCAUAAAGUUUCAUUUGACUCGUCACAACCAAACUAGAAAGUAAAUAUAAAAAUAUGUAUCUAAAAAUAUAUAAAGUACUGUAGAAAGAGAAUCUGUGAUAGGAAUUGAAUGCGAGUUUCACUAUUGAGAAAAGCGACU